AUGACUUUGAAACUAAUACUUCUUCGACAUGGCCAGAGCACCUGGAAUGAAAAGAACCUAUUCACAGGUUGGGAGGACGUGGGUAUCACUCAAAACGGCCGCGCUGAAGCAACUCAGGCUGGGGCGUUGUUGAAGAGACACAAUCACCUACCAGACUUGAGCCAUACUUCGCUACUGCGACGUGCAAUUACGACAAGCAAUAUUGCACUUGACGCUGCAGACCGUCACUGGAUUCCUGUUACGAAAAGCUGGAGGCUCAAUGAGCGCCAUUACGGCGCAUUACAAGGACUCAAUAAAAAGACCACGGCGGAGAAAUAUGGUGAUAAGCAGGUCAAGAUCUGGCGGCGCUCGUACGAUGUUCAACCGCCACCAAUGUCCGACGACGCCUACCAGGAACAGAACAAGUAUACGCGCGUGCAGGGCCAAUCCAUCCAAGCGCCGAGGACAGAAUCGUUGAAAGACGUGGUGGCACGCGUGGAACCAUAUUGGAACGAGAAUAUCAUUCCUGACUUGAGAUCUGGCAAGACUGUGCUUGUUGCGGCUCAUGGCAAUUCACUUCGUGCACUGGUAAAAAUCAUCGAUUGCUUGGGGGAUGAAGAGGUUGUGGAGCUGAAUAUCCCUACAGGGACACCUAUUGUUUAUGAGUUUGAUGAGAGUCUGCGGCCAAUAGUAAAGGGUGGCAAGUGGCUUCAAGAGUAA